AUGUCUAAUCUUAUCCCAAAGGACGAGCCGAGCAAUCUUAGACCCGUCAAACAGCGCAAGCCAAAAAAUUCAUUUAUGAAUUUCUUACAAGAUUUUAGAGAAACUCAUUCCCACUCGUUUCCUAACCAAAAGUCACUCAUAAGACACGCAACAACUGUUUGGAAUGAUCCAAAAUUUGAUAGACGCGCUUACGAGGGUCUGUCAGAGUUUGAGAGAAUCUGCUUUGACUCGAUUACGAAGAAACAUAAAAAGAUGAAG